ACAAAGCAUAAAACAUGAAACACUUCACUUCUUCUGUCUUGUCCUUCUUGCUUGUCGUAUUCUUCAUUUCUUCUGCUCAUUCGACCAUCGUCUCUCACGACGAACGGGCAAUCACCAUUGAUGGACAGCGCAGAAUUCUCAUCUCCGGUUCAAUUCAUUACCCACGAAGCACCGCCGACAUGUGGCCGGAUUUGAUAAACAAAGCCAAAGACGGGGGACUAGACGCGAUCGAGACGUACGUUUUCUGGAACGCCCACGAACCUGCUCGCAGGCAAUACGAGUUCUCCGGCAAUCUCGAUCUCGUCCGGUUCAUCAAGACCGUCCAAGACGCCGGUCUCUACGCCGUUCUCCGCAUCGGACCGUACGUUUGUGCGGAGUGGAAUUACGGUGGAUUCCCGAUGUGGUUGCACAACAUGAACAGCGUGGAAUUCAGAACCACCAACACCGAUUUCAUGAACGAAAUGCAAAACUUCACAACUUUGAUAGUAGACAUGAUGAAGCGUGAGAAUCUCUUUGCUGCACAAGGCGGUCCAAUCAUUCUUGCUCAGAUCGAGAAUGAGUACGGGAACGUGAUAGAUUCCUAUGGAGCAGCGGGUAAGGCUUACAUCGACUGGUGUUCUAACAUGGCGGACUCUCUAGAUAUCGGUGUUCCGUGGAUUAUGUGCCAAGAAAAGGAUGCUCCCGAACCUAUGAUCGAAACGUGCAACGGAUUCUAUUGUCAUGAUUACAAACCGACAAACCCGAGCAACCCGAAAAUGUGGACCGAAAACUGGACCGGUUGGUUCAAGAACUGGGGAGGGAAACACCCUUUCAGAACAGCCGAAGAUCUUUCCUACGCCGUCGCUCGCUUCUUCCAAACCGGUGGAACCUUCCAGAACUAUUACAUGUACCACGGUGGUACCAACUUUGGAAGAACAGCAGGAGGUCCAUACAUAACUACUUCAUACGAUUACCAUGCUCCUCUCGAUGAAUUCGGUAACUUGAACCAACCGAAAUGGGGACACUUGAAACAGCUCCACAACGUGUUGAAAUCGAUGGAGAAGUCUCUCACUUACGGAAACAUAUCCGAUAUCGACUUCGGAAACGACGUAACGGCGACGAUUUACGCGAUGAAAGAAGGGUCGAGCUGCUUUAUCAGCAACUCUAACACGACGGCCGAUGCAUUGGUGAGCUUCCAAGGGAAUCAGUACAGCGUCCCGGCUUGGUCGGUCAGCGUUCUUCCCGACUGCAAGAACGUGGCUUACAACACCGCAAAGGUGAACACUCAAGAAUCGGUUAUGGCUACUCAAGAUGCCGAUGUUGGCGGGAUUCGAUGGAGCUGGAGGCCCGAGAUCGCGGAGCAAACCAUCGUUAAAGGCAAAGGAGACGUGGUUGCGGAUUACCUGUUCGAUCAGAAAGACUUUGCUAAUGAUGCUAGUGACUAUCUUUGGUACAUGACCAGGGUUCGUCUCGAAAAGGAUGACCCGAUCUGGAGCCGCAACAUGAGUCUUCGUGUACAUAGCAACGCUCACGUUCUUCAUGCUUACGUCAAUGGAAAACACGUUGGUACCCAUUUCGUGGAAGACGGAAAAUAUGACUACGAUUUCGAGAAAAGCAUCGAACUUGCUCCCGGGACUAACCGUAUAGCGCUGCUCAGUGUCACCGUUGGAUUCCAGAACUAUGGACCGUUCUUUGAGAAGAGUCCGGCCGGAAUCAAUGGUCCGGUGAUGAUAGUCGGAUACAAAGGCGAUGAGAGAAUCGAAAAAGAUCUUUCGGCGCAUCCGUGGGAAUACAAGGUCGGAUUAAACGGUGUUGAGAGCAAAGUUUUCAGCCCAGAUUCUGGCAGCAACUUCAAAUGGUCGACAGAAAAACUCCCCACAUCCAGAAUGCUCACAUGGUACAAGACAUCGUUCAAGACUCCUUCUGGAAGCGAUCCAGUGGUUGUGGACCUUCACGGACUCGGAAAAGGUGAGGCAUGGAUCAAUGGUAAGAGCAUUGGACGGUACUGGCCGAGUUUCAAAGCUUCGGACGAUGGCUGCAGUGACGAAUGCGAUUAUCGUGGCCCUUACGACAGCAACAAAUGCACAUUUAAAUGUGGCGAACCGACUCAAACACUGUACCACGUUCCACGAGCAUUCCUCAACGAGAACGGUGAAAACGUUCUCGCACUCCUCGAAGAAAUGGGUGGAGAUCCGACAAUGGCGAGCUUCAAGACGAUGAGUGUGGGUUCAGUCUGUGCAAAGGCUGAUGAGAACAACGUGAUCGAGCUUUCAUGCAAUGGCAAGAAGAUCUCAGAUAUUAAGUUCGUUAAUUUCGGUAAUCCAACAGGGAAGUGUGGGUCGUUUGCAAAAGGAACAUGUGAAGGAGAUAAAGAUGCUCUGAAACUUGUCACCGAGGAAUGUAUCGGAAAAAUGACAUGUCAACUCGAAGCCUCUUCCAAGAUGUUUGGAGCUGCAGAUUGUGGAGAUUCGGUAAAGAGUUUAGUCGUUGAAGCUGUAUGUUAAGUUUUUUUAUUUGAUUAUCUUUGGAUUUUUUUGACUUUUUGCAUCAAGAUUGUAAUAAACUAGGAUUAUGGAAGUAAGUUUAUGUUAAUUAAUAAAA